AUGACGAACAUUGACUUUCAGUUGCCAUCGCUAGAGGAUAGAUGGAGGCUUUGCAAAGCGCAAGAUGACCAGAAGACAUCUCUCAUUUCGGAUUUAUUCAUUCACAUCAAAGAACUCACCGACAAGCUGUCCGAGGCUGAGUUAGAGCUCAAAGACAAGAGUUUGCUUUUCAGAUCGAUGUGUGACACCGUCAACAGUCACAAGGAGCAAGUUGAUCUGUUGCAAACGGCGAAGGACAAACACUGCUUUGCUUUAGUUCUAAUUGAUGGCGAUUGCAUGCCAUUCAUGGACGACCUCAUUGAGCAAGGCUUAGAGGGAGGCAAGAACGCAGUAAGGUCUCUUAGACAGGCGGUGGCCUCAGAGUUGAAGUCGGUUGAUCCUUCUCUACCCCAUCACCUGCAAUUUGUCGUUCGUGUCUUCGCCAAUAUGCAGGGUCUAGCGAAGACUUACACAGAAAUGGGCACAAUUCGUGAUCCGGGUGUCCUUUCCGAGUUUGUCAGAGGCUUCAACAUGACGAAUGCAAUGUGCGAAUUUGUGGAUGCGGGAAAUGGUAAAGAGUGCGCCGACGAGAAGAUGAAAGGAAACUUUGAGUUUGGCGUAGCCGACGUACAUUGCCGGCAUGUUUUGUUCGGUGCCUCGGCUGAUAGCGGAUACGCCCGUCUUUUGGGGUCUCACCUCGAGACCGAUGAGGUUCCGAAGAAGGUCAUUCUGAUCGAGGGACCUCCUUUUGCAAAAGAGCUGUCUGGAAUCAGCGAUCGAUUUCGUGUCGCUUCUUUUGACAAAGUUUUCAGACGAAAGAAGCUCAUCAACAUCAAGCGAAAGGUACCGGACCACACCACGCCUCCUCCAACUCCGUCAUCGGAUUACGCCUCGGCAGCCGCAAAGCCUGUCUUGUCAUCUUCGGCUCAAAUCUCGUCUCAGCCUCAUCGUUCGAUGAGCGUCUUGGCCCUGCCCAUCAGGGGAGUAUACCGGAACAAGGCUGGCCAGCGUGUCGACCCCCGGGUGUCCCUACAAAGAGACGUUGGGGCGAUGCAGUUAUGA